UUGUGUUUUCAUAUCGUUAUUAUAGGUUGUUUAACUCAUGGAAAGUCCUCAUCCUUCCGCCUUCAUUUAGUGUUGUAAAGAUAUUCACGACAGUAACGAAAUGUGCUUUUAAUUAAUUAUGGUGAAAAUAUUUAAUAAUUAAUUCCAAUUCAGUCUCACGUGAUCAAAAUUAGUUCAACCCCCCAUGUGUUACCUUUGGGUUGCACAGUAAUUAUAGAGAAAUAUGCUCUUGUAUAGGCUACUGCAGAAUAUUUGUUAUUGGGAGGAAUAAUCAAUAACUCACUGGUAACGAAUGUUAAAUUAACAUUAAUUUGAUAAUCUCUCUGUCAAAUAUUUUCAACAAUUAAAUGAACAUAGGCUAACGUCAGUGAAGGCGAGAUGUAUUGGUGAUGUGUCCCUGCACAAGUUUAAGCCAGGUUUACCAAAUAAACGUGCUUACUAAAGUUAAAUUUAAUAAAAUAAUCAACAUUUUCUUCGUGCAUUGUGCUCAUCGUGUGCAUGUGGAAUAACUUGUACCAUGCUCCGUUGAGAGGACGUGGACAGCCUGUAGUUAAGUGGUGGUCAUUUAUCUGGAGCUGCUUUGCGGUUGUUUUGAGAGACGAAACUCAGAAAAACAACUCCUGUCAAACCUACAAGACUCGCGUUGUGCUCUUGAAGGAGUCAUCCCAACUGAUGACUAAGAAAUGAGGCAAAAAGCCGAUGAAGGAUCCCCCCAUCUCGGACAGAAGCCCCCCAGCGCUCCUGGAAAGACUUCAUCAGAAAUGAGUGUUUCCCGAAUGGCUUUCAGUCUGAACCAGAGCACCGUGGUGUGUCUCCCCCUGGUCUCCGAGGGUCAGAGGCUGGUGUGGGUGUCCUCAAACGAGAUCAACCUGCAGCUGGAUGGUGCAGCCACGCUGAGCGAGGCCUUUGACCGGUUUCCUUACCUGACACAGACACAGACCGCUGCACUGGCGCAGCGCUGCUCUCUGCACCCAGACCAGGUGAAGGUGUGGUUCAUGGCUCAGAGACUCCGCUAUGGCAUCAGCUGGGACUAUAAAGACAUCCCCAAUGUUCGGAUGAAGAUGGCAGGUGGGGGAGAGGAAGAGCCGCGAAAAAGAAAGGGGCCAGAGGUAAAAGAGGAUGGGGGAAAGAAUAAGAAAGGUAAAAAGAAGGCAGGAGAGGUUCGGGAGGAGCAAGGUGCAAGAGAGGGAAGGAUGAUGGGAGAAAACGCGAGUGGUGCAGAGAAAAUGGAAAUGGAGCAUCCUCGCAAGAAGGACAUAAAAGAAGAAGAAGAAGACGACAAAAGGAAUCAGAAGAAGCGCAAAAAACGGAUUACAUUAAAGGACACGUUGGGAAAGAAGAGAGUGAAGCAAGAGGGAGAAGAAGGUGUUGCAGAGGGAGUAGAAGAAAGAAGUGAUGGAGCUGAGGAGGAGGCAACAAAUAUCGCUCGACUGAAGAAGAAGACCCAGGUGGCGAUGAUGAAGACUGCUUUCACAAACUGCCAGUAUCCAGACGUGAAGGACUACGACCGACUGGCGAAGGUGAUCGACAUCCCCCGCUACACGUUGGUCCAGUGGUUCGGUGACAUGCGCUACUACGUCAAGAAAUUCCAACCGCGCUGGCUGACCCAGGAGCAGUACAGCCAGGCGCUGGCCAACAUCAGGUACCGGCAGUACCUGGCCGAACUGGUCAAGCUGCCACACGGGACCGGCGAGGACGAGAAACCGCUGCCGCCUCCGGUGGAGAAACGGUUCUCCAAUCUGUGAACUAAAUAUCCCUCCGAUGGGAACGAAGAUGAUUCAUAUCUUCACGUUUAGGAAGCUGCAUCGAAUUCUGCGUGGUGACGUUUCAUGUUCCUGAUGACGUUUUGAAUUUUCAGACUUUUGCCACAUGAGAAAAAGUUUUCUGUUUUGUUGUUUUUACACUGUUAUUACAUUACAUGAAUGUAUUGUCUUUACAAAAUAUACUGAAGUCCCUUUUGUGAAACACUUUCAUUGUUCCAACGCAACUCUGCUUGUGAUAAGUUUGUUUAUAACAAAUAAACUGACAAAAAUAA